CCGAGGGUGGGGGCCGCCCGGCGGGCCGUGGGCUUGCAGAGCCAUGAACGGGGCAGGGUCGGGCCCUCGCCGGCGGGCGCGAGUGUCCCGCCUGGUCUCCUUCAGCGCGACCCACCGCCUCCACAGCAAAUCUCUUAGUAAUGAAGAAAACUUGAAAUUAUUUGGGAAGUGCAACAACCCAAAUGGCCAUGGGCACAAUUACAAAGUUGUGGUGACAGUACAUGGAGAGGUUGAUCCUGUUACAGGAAUGGUCAUGAAUUUGACUGACCUCAAAGAGUAUAUGGAGGAAGCGAUUAUGAAGCCCCUUGAUCAUAAGAAUCUGGAUCUAGAUGUGCCAUAUUUUGCAGACAUUGUAAGCACAACAGAAAAUGUAGCUGUAUAUAUCUGGGAAAACCUCCAGAAAUUUCUUCCUGUGGGAGUUCUUUAUAAAGUAAAAGUAUAUGAAACCGACAAUAAUAUUGUAGUCUAUAAAGGAGAAUAACUCUUAGAGAUUAAUUUCCAUCCAUAUUUGAAGAAGAUCUUUAUCCCCUUGAACAAUUAAGAAGUCAUCACCUAACUGUUGCACUUCCACAUUGUGUUCUGGAAUCAUUGUGAGUGAGUCCUGUUCUAGACUCAAAUCUAAUUUAAAACCAAGUUUGUAAUGUAUUCUGAGUAUCAUUUAAAGAGUCUUUCAUCUGUAGAUUAAAAUCAC